UUCCAUGUUUAUAGGCAUUCACCUCUCACUGCCUGGCCCUAAAUGUGAAUGGACUUGAUGUAAUUAAUUUCGUGCGGUUAUCAAAAGUAAGCGAAAACAACGGAGUGUUAGAAGGUAGCGACAUUGCAGUUUACCAAAAGUUUGUGAUAACAACGGAAUGUCAAAAGGUAAUGGCAUUGCAGUUUAUCAAAAGUUAGCAGCAACAACGGAGUGUCAAAGCAGCGACAUUGCAGUUUACUACAAGUUAGCGGUAACAAUGGAGUGUCAGAAAGCGACAUUGCAGUUUGAUGCAGUUUGAUUUGCUGCAAUGCCUCUUCUUCCGCCCUUCCCUUUCUCUCGCUCGCGAAAUUGUUAUAUUAUCAUACAUUCGCAUCAAAUCCUACCGCCUCUCUUGCUAACUGUUAGGUAGGUUUGAACGCUGUCAAUAUUUACGUUUAAAUAGAAAAACUAUACGUCGCUUUUCUCAACCACUUCCACCACGCACUUUUCGACGAAAUAAUGUUCGCAUUGUCUUCAGUUAAACGCGUUCUAUCGUACAGAUCAGACACAAUGUCUUGGUUAUCAAAAACUGUAAAUUUGUCCUGGAUAGAAAGAAACUAUGUAAAAAAGGAAUUCAACCAUAAUUUUCAAGUGAAAUGUAUAGCUUGUAAAAAAGAUAUUAAAUACGCGAUUGUUGAUGCGUUUAAGGAACACAUGUCUGUUAAGCAUCAAGAUGAACUUCAAAUGGAAUACGAUAUGCAACGUAAGCAUUAUAUAUGGAAAUAUUUUAAUCUAACAAAGAAAGGAAAAGCAAGAUGUAUUGUAUGUAAAAAAGAGCAUAGUGGAGGAACGUCAAACUAUUCCUUAAAACAUCACUUAUUGAAAGAUCAUAAGAACAAGAAAGAUCUAAAACCCUAUGAAUCACAAGGUUGGGUUUGGAAAUACAUCGACGCAGAGGAAGUUACUAAUUUUUUCGGAAAAUGUACGCUCUGUGACAUAAAAAUGACACUUCAGUUUACGUCUAAGUAUUUAGUAAGACAUCUCAAAAUACAUGAUAUAAAAGUACCACGCAGUAUAUUUAAACGACACGCACAGUGUUGGAAAUACCAUAGUAAAAAGCUUUGGUGGUUGGAUAAAUUUUAUACAAAAGCUGAAAAGGAUUUUCGAGCAAAAUGUGAGAUUUGUAAAAUGAAUUGUAUAUAUAUCUUCACUCACACGAUUAAAGACCACGUAAUCAAGCAUAAAAAAAUUUACGAUUUUGAAGAAUCUAUGAAGACGACAGAACAAAACAUAAUAGGCUGGAAAGAUGAAUCCUUCAUAAACAACCAUGAAAUACAUGAUAUGAGAAAGCUGUACCCCCGUAAAAUUUGUUGGGGACUUAAAUACGUGAGACAACUUGGAGAUUUGGCGAAAUGUACGAUUUGCGGAGAAGAUAUCGAAUUUGACUGGAAUAUGAACAAUUUAAAAAAUCACGUAUUAAUAAACAUAAGGAGGAUUGGAAUAGAAGACAAGAAGAAUUGAAACAAGGAACAGCAUACGAUCAAGCAGGAGCGUCCACAAGCCACGCAGACUAAAAGAAAAAUAAACGUUUAUCUUCAUAGAGUUUGACAAUUGGAAAUGAUGGUAGCGACACUUUUAAGUAGCAUCUCAUGGCCAGCUAUAAUGACAAUCUUGACUUUGGCAAGUGAUUUGAAACAUAUAAAGGCAUUAGCGUAUUUUGACUUAUGUAUCGCAUAUUUGUUUUGUGUUUAUAUAAAUGUACACAAUUUGUAAAUUUAAAUAUAUAUAUAUAUUUGUAAAUUUAUGA